UACUCCGGCUGGAGUUUCUCCGAUUCGUUGUUGAACUCACUGAGCUAGAACACACCGAGAUCUUAGCAAACGGUAGCAGUAGCAAGGAAACAUGAGAGUUGUAUCCCAAGCAAAAAAAAUGGAGCUAAACUAAAAAAUGUGCAAUAUGCUAAGCCCGGUUACGUCUCUGUUGGAGCUAGAUCCACUACAUAGAGAAUUUUUGCUUGGGAUCUAAGAAUCUAAAAAUGUGGUACAUAUUUUUCUAGUUUAACUAUCCAGCUCAUCCACCGUCAUCACUUGUCAAGAAAAAGGAUAACUGGCAACGAAUAAAAUUGUAUCGUAAUCGUCCAGCUGUUUCAGUAAAAUCUGAAAGCACCUCAUUAGACCCGAAUCACACGCAUUUUUUAUUGCUGGAUGAUGGUUAUGGUGAAAGUGACGAAUGGAAAAAGACUUUUCCAGAUGGCGUACGAUCUGAUCUUAUUUUGCAUCAUCGUGCUGCUAUUGAACGGGAAGCCAGUGAAAUACGAAAGAGCAAAAAUAAACAAAACUACUAUAAAGUACCCGUCAUACAGAUCUUAGCUGAAGGAGGGCCAUCAUCGAUCCUGACAAUUAACAAGGCAUUGGAUUCAAGAACACCGUUGAUUGUCAUUGCGAACACUGGGCGAGCAGCUGAUUUGAUAGCUGAGGAACAUCAAAAGUUGUAUGGAACGGAUAAAAAACGAUCUAUGGAUGAGUAUAUAAAGUUAUGUGAAACUGAUGAAUAUAAAACAAACUUGGAAGCUUUUAAGAGUAGAACAGAACACCCCUGUAUUAAUAAAACUAAUCGCGACGAUUAUUUACGUAUUAUGGCCUCUGAAAUUGGUUAUUUCUUAAUUAAUGUAUUUAAUUUCGGUUCAGAAAAAUAUAAGCUCGAUGAUGCCAUACUUCAAGCACUUUUUAACGCUGCUGAAUUGAAAGCUAAAACUGGUAGUGGAGAGCCACAACAUGUUGAAGAACUAAAAUUAGCCAUGGCAUGGAAUAAAUAUAAAAGGGUUCAAACACAGAUAUUAACGGACGAGAAAAUUGAUUUUCAAUUAGAUGAAGCACUGAAAAAUGCAGUGCGUCUAAAUUCAGUGCAAUUUUGUAUAUUACUGAUGGAAUUCGGUGCAUCAUUUGGCCGAUUAAGAAAUUUAAUUGAUAUCAGCAAUAGCUACGGUGUUCUUUACAAUAUAUUUGACGAGGGAAAGCCCAAAAACGAUGAGCAGGAAGAAGUUGAUUAUACAAACAAUAUUAGUUUUAAUUCCGUCGAUAUGGUAACAACUAAUGGCUACGUUGAUAACGUUUCGAUUAAUUUUCGAGUUGUUGCACCAUCCAAACAAGGUGAGCCAUCUCCUGAGAUUUGGCUGUUUGUCAUUUCGUCUACGAAUGAUAGCGUUCCAAGAAAGUAUUCGAUAGUAUCGCACUAUAAAAUACCUGCGCAUAAAAUAUCUCAAAUGAAGGACGGCGUACAAACAUUCCACAUCGCAGAAGACACAGCAUUCUUUGUUGCCAGCGGACAGUACCUCGCCGUUGGUUUCUGCAAUAACUCAAACCUUUUCCUACCGGCCAGUGUCAAUCAUCGAAAUCAAUAUUCUAUUAGUUUUGAUCGAAUUGAAGAAGCGGUGGAUGCAACAACAACAAAUGCUGAGAGACGACGAUCAACAUCGGGUGCAUCAAUUUUAGAGCUGAUUACUCGAUCUUUAAACAAAUCAAUUGAAUUUGAAAAUCAUCAAAAUAUAGGAACUGCAUUCUGUUUUAAUAUAAUACCGUCGCCAGGUAAAGCAUGGCUCUAUCGAACACCAAAGUAUUAUCGAUUCUAAUCUAAGUGAUAUGGUUGUGUUUAAUUUCAUGGAUAAAAUCACGGUCGGUGGUCGAAUCGGUGAUGUUACUGUCAACUUCUGUACUCUACC